GUCAGAAGAAGCUCAAGGGAAUUUGAGAUGAGCCAACCUGCAAUAAUUGGUAAAGAUAGAGUACAGGCUGGAGUGUGGUUGUCAUGGCGUUUGCCUGAAGAGUGGACAACCAAUGUAAGGACGAUCGAUGUAGUCCUAUUUGCACUGCCAUAUUGCUUAUCUACGGCUGCACUCUGGACCGGACGUGAUGGGGCCAGUACUAGAAAGGGCGCCCACUAAAUUCCAGAGGUGGUUUCCCUCUCUGGCUUCAGGUUGGUUGGCUUGUAUGAGCGCCAUCAAACUCACCACCCUCUUUGGCGUUGGUGACCAGAGAUGGCUAGGCUCCAGAUAAUUAUGAAGUCCGCCUCUAACGGACACCUCGUUCGGCAGUAGUGAUUUCUUUCAAAGCAGACGCUUAGAGCUUGGAGAACACUACUUCUCAAAUAUAUAACUUAUACUUUAGUCAACUUUGAAUUCAAUUUUACACCCAAAGUUAAUAUCUUGUCAUUUACAGCCAGAACGUCGGCAUCGAACUGCUGUCAAUGAAUAGCAGCGCUACCCUCAACCUAGCCUGUGGCUCAUAAACCCCCACCUGCAAGUCAAUAUGGCUCACGAAUCUUCAGAUCAUGGAGAUGGGAGCGUCUGUGACAACAUCUUACCUUCCACUUUGGCCCAUUUUGCGGACGAGCCUACUUCAGUAAAAACAAUGAUGAGCGAAGUUGAGGACAGGGCGACCACAAGUGGGCAACACCCAUCUCCCUUAGAGCGCGCACCCGUUCACAGCCGAAUCAUAUAUGACACAACGGCCCUUGAACCCCUCUCGGACAGAGUUGAGGAUUUCCAAGUAGCGGACAACAAAUUUGCUUUCGUACCAGGUCAAAUGUCGAAGUUGAUAGACCCGAAGAGCUUAUCAGCUUUCUACGCUGUUGGAGGGAUAGAUGGUUUAGAGAGAGGACUGAGGACGGACAGACUAGGCGGCUUGAGUCCUGACGAAGCCUUUCUAUAUGGGACAAUCUCGUUAGAGGAAGCAAAAAUUACCAGACCACCAUCGAAACAUCCUCCUAUGACACAUCGCACGGAAUACGAAUCUCCCAGGCCGCUAAUUAAGGCUCAAGGACCAGACCAGUCGUUUUCAGAUAGGAGGAGAACCUUUGGGGAUAAUAGGGUACCAGAAAAGAAACCCAAAAACAUCCUGCAGCUUGCAUGGAUGGCAUACAAUGACAGGGUUCUAAUUUUAUUGACUAUCGCAGCUGUCAUAUCGCUAGCUGUCGGACUGUACCAAACGUUUGGUCAGCCACACAAAGAGGGCGAGGCAGCUGUUGAGUGGAUUGAGGGGGUGGCGAUCACGGUGGCUAUUUUGAUUGUGGUGGUAGUUGGUGCUCUGAACGAUUGGCAGAAAGAACGUCAAUUUGGUAAACUAAACAAGAAGAAGCAAGACCGCACCGUGAAGCUCAUUCGAUCUGGAAAGAUACAGGAGAUUUCGGUUUUUGAUGUACUUGUUGGAGAUGUGAUGCACCUUGAACCAGGCGACGUGAUACCAGUGGAUGGUAUAUUUAUCGAUGGGUACAAUGUGAGAUGCGACGAGUCUUCGGCCACGGGCGAAUCUAGCCUGAUCACAAAACACGCUGCUGCAGAUGUAUUUCAGUCUAUACUAGCUGGGGAGGAUCUCAACAAGAUGGAUCCUUUUAUUAUAUCGGGGAGCAAGGUCAGCGAAGGGGUCGGUACGUUCCUAGUGACCGCCGUUGGAAUCCAUUCGAGCUACGGAAAGACUCUGAUAUCCCUUCACGAAGGCCCUCAAGUGACUCCUCUUCAGUAUAAACUAUAUCGCCUGGCUAACCAGAUCGCAAAACUGGGAAUUGGUUCGGCAUUGCUAUUAUUUGUUACCUUGCUGAUUAAGUUUUUUGUUCAAUUGCCCGGGAGUACUCAAAAUGCCUCUGAGAAAGCUCAAGAGUUCAUGCAAAUCCUCAUCGUCACCAUAACAAUCAUCGUUGUCGCCGUGCCGGAAGGCUUACCGCUUGCGGUCACUCUAGCUCUAGCUUUUGCUACCAGGAAGAUGUUGAAAGAUAACAACCUGGUCCGAUAUCUGAAGGCGUGCGAGACGAUGGGCAAUGCGACAACCAUCUGUUCUGACAAGACUGGUACACUGACUCAGAAUACUAUGACUGUAGUUGCAAUUUGCAUGGGUCAGAACAGCUCUGCCGGUGGCGAGGACAAUACACCAUUAGCGGAGAGACAGCUUGAGCCAAGCUUGACUGCUUCUGUUCACGCAAUUUCCAAACCUGUCAAGUGCCUUUUAAAAGAUUCCAUCGCGAUCAAUUCUACGGCGUUCGAGGUCCAAGAUAAAGGACGUCUGGCCUUUACUGGCUCCAAAACCGAAUCAGCCCUCCUUGACUUCGCGCAUACUUCUCUAGGCAUGGGCCCCGUCAGUCUAGAGCGGUCAAACAGCCGUACUGUUUACCUGGUCUCAUUUGAUUCUGCUCGAAAGUAUAUGGCUACUAUAGUUCAGACAGAGCAUGGCUUCCGGAUUUAUGCCAAAGGAGCUCCAGAGGUGAUGCUCGGAAGGUGUGCCCAAAUCCUUCAAAAUGUGGCUUCGGACGCUUCUAGCACAGCUAUUACGUCAGAACAUAUGAUUCAUUUGAAUCGCAAUAUCAAGAAUUUUGCCAACAGGUCCCUGCGAACUAUUGCCCUAUUGUACCGCGAUCUCCAGAGUUUGCCAUGCCACGCGGCUGGAACCAUGAACGAAUUCCUCAAAACGGGCUUUGACGAUUUGUUCAAGGACAUGACGCUACUUGCCAUUGUAGGAAUUCGAGAUCCCUUGCGGGAGGGUGUCAAAGCUUCUGUUGCAAGAUGUCAGGCAGCUGGCAUCACAGUCCGGAUGGUCACAGGUGAUAAUCUACUGACCGCUAAAGCGAUUGCCAGGGAAUGUGGUAUUCUCACAGACGAUGAUUUGGUGAUGGACGGUCAAGAUUUUAGGAAGUUGGGCGUCGUUGAGAUGAACCGCAUCAUUCCUCGUCUGCAAGUACUCGCACGAUCCAGUCCCGAAGACAAGAAGAUCUUAGUCAAGGCCCUUCAAGAGCUAGGUGAGGUUGUCGCAGUUACUGGGGAUGGCACAAAUGACGCACCAGCCCUAACGACGGCUGAUGUCGGAUUUUCCAUGGGCCUCACCGGCACGGAAGUUGCUAAAGAAGCCUCUGAUAUCGUCCUUAUGGAUGAUAACUUCUCCUCUAUCGUCAAGGCAGUCAUGUGGGGCCGAGCUGUUAAUGAUGCCGUUCGGAAAUUUCUACAAUUCCAAAUCACCGUCAAUAUUGCCGCAGUAGUGCUAACAUUUGUUUCUGCUGUUGCCAGCGACACUGAAACUUCUGUCUUAACAGCUGUUCAGCUGCUAUGGGUAAACUUGAUCAUGGACACCAUGGGUGCUCUUGCAUUAGCCACUGACCCUCCAGCGGAGAGCAUUCUAGAUCGGAAACCGGAUCCAAAAUCGUCGCCGUUGAUCACAGUGACAAUGUGGAAGAUGAUUCUUGCCCAGUCUAUCUACAAGCUCGUUGUAUUACUGAUAAUACAUUUUGGUGGUGAUGCCAUCUUUUCAUACCACUCGGAGGGUGAAAGAGCGCAGCUAAGGACUAUGGUUUUUAACACUUUUGUAUGGAUGCAGAUUUUCAACCAGUAUAACAAUCGUCGGAUUGAUAAUAAACUCAACAUAUUCGAGGGUAUCACACGGAAUUGGCUAUUUAUAGGCAUAAACCUCAGCAUGAUUGUUGGGCAAGUCAUCAUCAUCCUUAUUGGUGGUAGAGCAUUACAAGUGGUUCGUCUCAACGGGGCUCAGUGGGGAUACUCAAUUGUCCUCGGUUUCCUCUCGAUACCAGUGGCAGUUAUUACUCGCUUCAUUCCAGAUGACGUUUUUCAGAAGAUCAUUCCAUAUAGAUGGCAACCGCAGGUAACCACUUCUGCACUAGUAGUAUCUGAUGAAAGCCAACUGAAGGAUUGGAAUUCUGUGCUCCUGGAAAUUCGCGAAGAGUUGGAAAUUCUGUCGUGGAUUCAUGGCGGACGUUUUCAUGCGUAUAAUCGGCGAAACAAAUCGCACAGAAAAUCUAGCUUAAAACCUGUAGCAGUUAUGGCAGGGCUUGUCGCUGGCAGUAUCGGAGGUUGGCCUCGGACCGAGCAUACCCUUUGACAUUGCACUGGCCCCUGAGAAUGGAUUGAUCUCUAUUGAGCACAGUGAUACGAGGAUCGAUCAUGUUAAAAUUGUUAGUAGCUACCUCC